UGGGAUGAAACGUUGUGCUCGUUGUCAAGCAUCAAUAUUAUCCACAGAACUAGUAAUGCGGGCGCGUGAUUUGGUCUUCCAUGUACAUUGUUUCACAUGUGAAAUAUGUAAUGCACCAUUAACAAAAGGUGAUCAUUUUGGUAUGCGUGAUGCGGCUGUUUUAUGUCGACUACAUUAUGAAAUGUCAUCCCAUCAUGAAUCUUCAUCACCUGGUGGAAUAGUAUCACAAAUUCGAGGAGGUGGACUACUACCACCAUCAUCGUCUGGAGGACCAAUCGGUGGAUGCCAACCACACGGUGUUUUAAUUCCAGGGCAAUCACCGUCCUCUGUAAUACAUCCAAAUACAGUUCCACCUCCCCCAGGAAGUGGUGGUUUACAUCAUUAUCCACCAUCAUUUCCAUCACCUAGUGAUUUUCAUCAUAAUAUGUCACCUGGUGGAGGAAGUAGUGUACACCAUCCGCAUAUUUCACCAAGUCCACAGUUAACAUCACAACCACCUCCACCCGGGUCAAUGGGUGAUACAAAUAAAGUUCCUUCAUUUUAUAAUGGUGCACCUACAAGUACACCACGGCAAAAAGGUCGACCACGAAAACGGAAACCUAAGGAUAUAGAAUCAAUGACUGCUAAUUUAGAUAUUAAUUCAGAUUAUUUGGAUAUGCCGUUUGGUCGAUCACCCGGUACACCUGGUAUGCAUGGUUCUAGUUCACGAACAAAACGUAUGCGUACAUCGUUUAAACAUCAUCAGUUACGAACAAUGAAAUCGUAUUUUGCGGUUAACCAUAAUCCUGAUGCCAAAGAUUUAAAACAACUCUCACAAAAGACUGGUCUUCCCAAAAGAGUUUUACAAGUAUGGUUUCAAAAUGCACGAGCGAAAUGGCGUCGUAUGAUGCAAAAACAAGAAGGUAAAUCGGGUGAUAAAUGUUCUGGGUCUGAAUCUGGUGGUAUAAAUGAUUUAGAUUUAUAUCCACAUGGUGGACCUGGUUCAUUAACAGGCAGUAUUCAAUCAUUACCACCACAUAGUCCACAAUUUUUAUUAGGUCCAGGAAGUCCUAAUUCGUUAGAUUGUACUUAA